GGCUCCCUCCGAGUGCUCCCUCCCGGUGCUCCCUCCCGCUCCCUUUCCACACGCCCUCCGCCCACUCCGCGCCCCUUCCCGCCCCUGGCGCUCGCCUCCUCUUCCUCGCAGCCGAGUGCGGCCCCGGCAGCCGCUUGGGUGAUUCGCCAGCAACAGAUGCCGGGCGCCAAGCUUUGCAUUCUUAGUCCACGCUGACAGCCCGAAGAAGAGAGAAGGAAGCAGAGAAGGGAAGGGAAGGCGGGGACAGGAGUGCAGAGACCACCUCCCCACCCCACCCCCCCAACAAAAGGCAGAAGCCCCCGCCCCCACUGGAGAGCUCUGCGCCAGCCGAGCGCCUGCCUGCUGCCUGCUGCCGCGGGCGCCCACCUCUCCCAGCCAUGCCAGGCCCGGCGGCCGACGGGGCUCAGGUCCCCUUCCGCAACGCCAAGGAGGAGAUCCGUGCGAGGGUCGAAGGCUCGGAGGCCGGCGGCGGCCAGCAGGGCCCCGGCGCGCGCGGGCCGCGGCAGAACAUCGUCUGGAGGAACGUCGUCCUGAUGAGCCUGCUCCACUUGGGGGCCGUGUACUCCCUGGCGCUUAUCCCCACAGCCAAGCCGCUCACUCUGCUCUGGGCCUACUUCUGCUUCCUCCUGACUGCUCUGGGUGUGACAGCUGGUGCUCAUCGCUUGUGGAGCCACAGGUCCUACAAAGCCAAGCUGCCUCUGAGGAUAUUUCUGGCUGCUGCCAACUCCAUGGCUUUCCAGAAUGACAUCUUUGAGUGGGCCAGGGACCACCGAGUCCACCACAAGUACUCAGAGACUGAUGCUGAUCCUCACAAUGCCCGCCGGGGCUUCUUCUUCUCCCACAUUGGCUGGCUGUUUGUUCGCAAACAUCGUGAUGUCAUCGAGAAGGGAAGCAAGCUUGACUUCACUGACCUGCUGGCUGAUCCUGUGGUCCGAUUCCAGAGAAAGUACUAUAAGAUCACCGUGGUGCUCAUGUGCUUCGUGAUUCCCACGCUGGUGCCCUGGUGCUUCUGGGGAGAGAGUCUGUGGAAUUCCUACUUCUUGGCUUCCAUCCUCCGCUAUACCAUCUCCCUCAACAUCACCUGGCUGGUCAACAGUGCUGCCCACAUGUAUGGAAACCGGCCCUACAACAAGCACAUCAGCCCUCGGCAGAACCCACUCGUCACUCUGGGUGCCAUUGGUGAAGGCUUCCACAAUUACCACCACACCUUUCCCUUUGACUACUCUGCAAGUGAAUUUGGCUUAAAUUUCAACCCAACCACUUGGUUCAUUGACCUCAUGUGCUGGCUGGGGCUGGCCACUGACCGCAAACGGGCAACCAAGCCGAUGAUCGAGGCCCGGAAAGCCAAGACUGGAGAUGGCAGCACUUAAACAUGGAACCACCCUCCAACAUGUCUGCCAUUGACACCUUAGUUCAUGGCUCUUGUUACUAUAGCUCUUUUGCUCAUUGGAUGUGGGAGGGGGUAGAGGGUAGGGAGGGAACAGAAUCUCUGUGGUUUGGGAACUUCCUGUUUGUCUCAAAAUAUUGUCAACUGUCAAUGAAAAAAAAUUUUUAACGUCAGCGUAACUAUGAUUUAACAUUAGAGUGUAAGCACGUGAUUUAGUCGCUGUAGCUACAAUACAUCAAACACACAGGGUCGUGUGCUUGUACAUGAUGUUGACCCUGACAGGAUGAAGGAGCUUAAUACUCUCUCGGUGCGAUUCAGGAGAGCACUGGUUUUCUUUUCUACCAGUUAACCCAGCACUGUUUUUAAACCCCUUAUCUGAAGGAGCAGAGAGGCAGGGUAGAAGACAAAAGAGAGGGUCUAAGUAACUAAAGAAUGUUUCUGUUUUGUAAUUACUGCGUGAAUGUGCUUGUGUGUGUGUUGCUGUUGUUGUUUUUUAAAUGAGAGAAUUGAACACUUUAAAAAAAAUGGCAAUACAGGAAAUGGCUCUCUUAUUUUUUUGGCCCUGUUUAUAGCUUAUUAAUGCUCCACUGUCUUUGCUUCAGAAGAGAUCUGUCCACUGCUCAGCUCGUUUUGUGUCCCAAUUACGCCCAGCCGACCCUAUAAAUCAGUGUCUAUUUAGGUGUUUGAUUUUGUUCUCUUCGCUAUUGUCAUUUUAAAGGUGUAUAACUCAGAUGUGCUAGACAUAAAAUUAAGCUCAAAUUAAGCUCUCAUUUAAAUGUUUAGACACCUAAUUUAUAUUCUAAUUGAUCCUAGCCACUGAUGCAUGUACUUUAGCUACUCCUGCUAAAUAAGCAUAUUAAUUUUCCACACCAGGCCAUCAGAUCUUAAUAACCGACAGUUAUCUAGAGCUCAAUGUCUACUAAUGUUUCCCCUGCAUGCGGCCUUCAUUGAUUUUGCAGCAAAAUAUAAAUUAUGCAGCUUCUGGAUUAAAAAAAUUUUCAUGUGUUAAGUUGCCUUGCAAAGAGCAUGUUGAAUUAAUGGGACAGCGUGCCCUUUGUUUUAGUUGUUAGAGCAAAAGAAAGAUGUUGGAGCACUUCGAAGAUAGAUCUUUUCAGGAAAGAUGUAGGAACUUAAAAAUUUCUGAAAAAAAAAUGAUACCAGUAGGAAAUUGUCAUAAUGAAGUUCUUCAUCCAGCAGGUGUUUAACAGUGUUAUUUUGCCAUUAAUAAUGUAUGAACUAUGAGUGAUUUACAAUAAAUGAUUAUGAAUUCGUUGGUGUUCUUGA